AGGUUUUUGGUGAAAUUCAAUUGUAGCAUUAUGUCAAAAUACAUAUGUGUUGAUUUAAAAAAUGCGUCUGGAUGUGUGAACGUCAUCACAGUUGUUAAAUAUUUUGGCAGACCAAAGAAAACGAAAGGUUCCGGGUAUUCGCUGUUUUUAUCUGUCACUGAUCCUUCCUUAUGCGGUGAUAAGAUGUCAUGCAUCAUUUUUCAUGAUUCGGAAGAAAAUUUACCCCAGAUUCGCGCUCCUGGAGAUAUUAUCAUCAUGCAUAGACUUGUUGUUAAACAGUUUAAUGGUCGUAACCAGGGAUGUGGUUAUGGCACUACUGGUUUUAGUGCUGCUGUAUUUUCUGGCGCGCCUUCUGACCCAUUGACUCCUUUCAAUUCACCUACUCAAUGCAGCUUUAGCGAAAAAGAGGUGGAAGUUGUUAAAAAUCUGAGAAAAUGGUAUACUUCUCCAAAUUGCCCAGUUGAAAAAGAAAAUCUAAAUGUAGGAAAUACAUCAGAACACAAUGGUCAACUUAGUAGGAUUCCUCGAGCAGGAGUAAGAAGAAUAAGGUCUUUAAAAGCAGAUGAAUUCUGUACCAUUGAAGGACAAGUUAUCAGCAUUUAUAAAUCUACGGAAACGGAUCGGAAUCUUGUCAUUUAUAUAUGGGAUGGACCAGUGUCACCUCAUGAUCAAAACACAGUUUUUCUAGGUCCAUCUGGAAAGCGUUUGUUUCAAAUGCUUCCUCAUUCUCAGCAUGAUCCACAACUGGCUGCUUUAACAGGACAUAAUUUACAACAUUGGAAUAAAUAUGAAAUUGAAAUUCAAAGGAAAUACUCACUAAUAACUCCUGAUGACUUAAAAUAUUUUAAAUACUGUGGCGGAAGUAGUACUGAAUAUAGUGAUUGGUCUGUCCCAGUUUCCAUUUACGACGAGCAUGUCGUUAGUGAGUCUGUUAAAAAUCUUAAACCUGGUGAUUUGAUACGUAUUCAUAAUGUACACGUUAUCUAUGGUCAAAGUAAACAUGACGAACCAUGUUCUUUACGUUUACUAUUACAUGGUAAAGGUAAAGAAUAUGGACGUGAAGUGAAAUAUUUGGGUGACAGUUGUCUAUUGAUAAAUUACUUAAAUGAUUCAUCAAGUGUUAGUGAAGAUACUGAACGGUUAUUAAAUGAAGCCAAUAUAUAUGGUCUUUUAGAUAACUUAAAAGCUGGAUUGGAGCUAAGACCACCGUUGCUUCACCCUCAACCUGAAUUCCUUCUGCCAUAUGAACUACAACAACCUUUGACAAUCUCUCAAAUAUACAACCUUCCAUUAAUUGUCAAUAAAAGGGAAAGAGAGUUUCAUAACUGGGAUUUAUUAUUUCCCCUAACUACACAAAUCAUUCCCUCUAUUCCACCUUCUAGUUGGUUAGUAAUUGAUAAUCUUCCAAAAAGUGCUUCCAACUUAAAUGUUGUCUGUACACGAUUAUGUGCCCGAAUUAUUGAUGUUGCUCCGCUUAGUGUUCAAGCACUAAAAGAUUGUUUAUGGUUAACGUGUAAAGAAUGUUCCAUUUCACAGAGAAGUUCUUGUAUUUCUAAUAAUGACAUUGGUAUUUGCGAAUGCGGAUCUCGUUUAACUUUUCUGCCUUUUCUUUUCCUACAUGUAGAAGAUCUAUCCGGUACUAUGAUUCUAACUGUUUCUGGUCAGGAUGUUAUCAGUUUACUCACUGAUUUAAUCGAUAGUCAGUUAACGCCAUUCAUCCACAAUAGCACAUGGUGGUCAGGACUAGUUUUUGAAUUGCCAGAACUCAAGAAUAUGCAUAUAUCACCAGAAGAAGUGAUCCUUGAUCAAUAUCAUCAAUUAUUAGGAGAGUGGAUUGAUGUAGCAGUUAAAGUAAGCUGGUCAAAAGAAACCGUAUCAUCAGAUUUUGUGAAUCAGAAUGAUCUUCAAAUUAAUUUAAUUGGUUGGGAUUCUGUAUAAGGAUAUACCAGCAUGCGUGAAUAUCAUGCAUUUGUUCAUUUUAUCUUGUAAUUAAGACAUAAAAUAUAUCUUUAUAACUGUAUAUCACACUGUUGUUUUGCUAAACUAUUUUUUGUUCGGAUGUCAUUUAAAUGCUUACAGUGUAACAUA